UCCUCAGAAACACAAAAAAGGCAUCCAUGGAUCUCCACCCAAAGCAACAAAUUACCCAUCUCUCACCCCUUCAAUCCACCAAAUUCAAACCAAAAACCAAACUUUCCAUCAACUCCGGCGGCGGCGCCGCCAACAAGUUCGUCGGAGUCCGACGACGCCCUUCCGGCCGUUGGGUGGCGGAGAUAAAAGACACCACGCAAAAAAUCCGCAUGUGGCUCGGCACUUUCGAGACCGCGGAGGCCGCCGCGCUCGCCUACCCGCACCAACUUCUCCAACCGCCGCCCCUCAGCCGCCGGCGAUUCCCCGGCGGCUGCAAUUCGUUUCCCCAAAACCAUAAAAAUGCUGCCUUUUUUCCAUCGGCCGCCGCCGCCGCCGCUCGGAGCGCGACGGUGAAGGAGCUAGAACAGGAGAUUCACUGGCCGUGGUUUGCAGGAGAAGAUUUUGAGGUGAUGUUCAAUGGGUUCGAGUUGAGUGAGAGUGGUGGCGGGUUGCCGGAGAUGUGCGGCGGGGGAGGCGGCGGGGGAGGAGCGGCGGAGGAGGUAGGGGUGUUUGAAAGAAUGAGGGUGGAGAGGCAGAUAUCGGCGUCUUUAUAUGCGAUGAACGGAGUGCAGGAGUACUUCGAGGCAAUGGAGGAGUUUUCGGUUUCAUCGUCUUUGUUGGAUACUGUGUGGGAUUUUCCGCCAUUUUUAUAA